GCGCCUGCGAUAUUGUUUGCAAAAGGAGGGGAGGGAAAAGAACAGACUUGUCUGCUGCCCAGGAGAGGUCCUCUGGAGGGGCUAGAAAGGGGGAGCGCACUUGCGAGCGUGAAGGGAGAAGACCAGAGAGGGAGAGAAGAUGUCGAACGCGGGCUACGAUGCCGUCGUGGACAUCGACGAUGAGGGCGACCUCGGACACACGGACCUCCAGGAGGACCUCGAAUUCCACAACUCCAACUUCAGCGAGACCCAGGGCCUGACUGGCAGCAGCCGUAAGGGAGGGGCUGGCGGCGGCAGCGGUGGCAGCGGGCUUCCACCCCCGGCCACCGCGGGGUCGGGAGGCGGCGGCGGCGGCGGCUCGUCCAAGCGAUACCUGUGGACGCUGAGCUUCUACGCGCAAUUCUUCGACGUCGAUACGUCGUCGGUGCUGGCGCGGUGCUGGGCCGCGCUGUACCCGCGCGCCAACUUCCUCGACGUGCUCGAGGGCAACCCGGACCUGUACGGCCCUUUCUGGAUCGCCACCACCGUCGUGCUCAUCCUCUUCCUCGGCGGCACCAUCAGCCAGUACCUCGCCAGUACGGGCCAGGGCCCAUUCGCGUACGACUUCGGAUUGCUCAGCGGUGCCGCCGGCCUCAUCUACGGGUACACGUUGGUCAUCCCGGUGGCGCUGUUCGGUGCGCUGCGAUACUUCGGGUCGGAGUCGGCGAACCUGCUCGAGUGCUGGGCGCUGUACGGGUACGCAAACCUGAUCUGGGUGCCGGUGGCGAUGAUCAGCUGGUCGCCCGUCGUGGUCCUCAACUGGAUCGCCGUCGGCCUCGGGUUCGGCCUCUCUGCCGCCUUCCUGCUGCGCAACCUAUACCCCGUGCUCAGCGCGACCGACCGCCAGACCAGCAAGGUGCUGAUCGUUGUGGUCGUCGCCCUCCACGCCGGCCUCUCCUUCGCCAUCAAGAUCCUAUUCUUUGCCGCCGGCAGCCCCGUCGCCACGCCGGCUCCCGGAGGAGGAGACCCUGUCGACCAGCCACCCCCGGCCGAUGGUGGCAAUGGCGCGGCUGCGCUGAGGGCUUUCUUGUUCUAAGUAUGAGAGGCAGUUAUGGAGGGGCGGGGGGGAACAAAAACCAACGGUGUGCUUGUCAGGCUAUGCGAGAGCCGGGGAAGGAAGUGAAUAAGAAAGGGAUCAUGGUCGGAACUGUGUCUAAGCUGAAG